AUGCCUUUACCGGAAUAUACACCAUGCAUGAGCUGUCAUGAUAGCUCUGACCAAAAUGAGCUGGAACUUAUAUCACAGUAUUUUAAACAAGGCUACAACAAUCUUGAAAUACUUGAAUUCUUGAAGAUCCAUGGCGUAACUAUAAGUUUAUCAACCCUGAAAAGACGUCUUCGAUCUUUAGGACUAUCAAGAAGAGACACCGCAUCUGACCAUGAACUGAAUGACGCCAUCGAGAAGGAACUUGGUAAAAGUGGUUGUUUUGUGGGAUACCGUAAGAUGUGGGCAAGGCUCAGAAGGAAGGGAGUUAUUGCUAAAAGAAGUAUGGUCAUGAGGUGUCUCAGAGAACUUGAUCCUGAAGGCGUAGAAAGCCGACGAAAAAAGAGGCUGCGUCGACGAGCAUACCACGCAAAAAGGACCGAAUUUCAUUUGGCAUAUUGAUGGCCACGACAAAUUAAAACCGUAUGGCUUCAGCGUACAUGGAUGCAUAGAUGGUUUUUCAAGACGGCUGAUUUGGCUGGAGGUGGGUCCCACAAACAAAAACCCAGAAGUGAUUGCUAAAUACUAUCUCGAAGCUGUGAAGCAGUCAGGUGGAGUACCUAGGAAGAUCAGAUCAGAUGAUGGAACUGAAAACAGUGUGAUCGAGGCAAUUCAUACUUACCUUAGGUCUGCCCACAAUGAUGAGAAUGCUGGCAUGGGAUGUUUUGCUUUUGGCAGAUCCACAGCAAACCAAAGAAUUGAAGCUUAUUGGUCACAACUUGUAAAAGAUGGUCCCGGUUGGUGGAUUAAUUUUUUUAAAGAUUUGUCAGACUUUUUGCUUUAUGCAAAUAUUGAGAGAUGAGCUUUAUCAAGUAGCAGAAAUCUGGAAUCACCAUCACAUAGCCUCAAGCAAAUUUGGUAACAGCAGUGGUCCCAGGGGAAGACCUGAUUGUAUGUAUUUCCUACCCCACCUUUACAACACAGAAGACUACAAAGUGAACGUUGACCGCCAUGAGGUAGAAGAGUUUAUUGAUAAUUCAACCAUGUGUCCUGCUGAUUUUAGUGAAGAGUUUGAGGAGUUUGCUAUAACAAUUAUGAAUGAACUUGGACUGCAUUCACCACAAGAUGUUGAUGAAGGACUUGAUCUA